AUGGGGGGAAAUCACACAAUGGUUACCGAAUUCAUCCUGUUGGGGUUUCCAGUUGACCCAGGGAUUCAGAUGCUUCUCUUUGGACUCUUCUCCCUGCUCUAUGCCUUCACCCUGCUGGGGAACGGGGUCAUCCUGGGGCUCAUCUCUCUGGACUCCAGACUGCACACCCCCAUGUACUUCUUCCUCUCGCACCUGGCCAUGGUCGACAUUGCCUACGCCUGCAACACGGUGCCCCAGAUGCUGGUGAACCUCCUGGACCCGGCCAGACCCAUCUCCUUUGCUGGCUGCGUGACCCAGACCUUCCUCUUUUUGACAUUUGCUCACACUGAAUGUCUUCUCCUGGUGGUGAUGUCCUAUGACCGAUACGUGGCCAUCUGCCACCCGCUCCGCUACUCUGUCAUCAUGAGCUGGAAAGUAUGUGUUGUCCUGGCCAUCACCUCCUGGACCAUUGGUGUCCUGCUAGCUCUGGCCCAUCUAAUGUUACUCCUCCCAUUGCCCUUCUGUGGACCCCGGGAAGUUAGUCACUUCUUCUGUGAAAUCAUAGCUGUCCUCAAGCUGGCCUGUGCAGACACGCACAUUAACGAGAUCAUGGUUCUGGCAGGGGCAGUGUCUGUGCUGGUGGGACCCUUCUCCUCCAUUGUGAUAUCUUAUGUCUACAUCCUCUGUGCCAUCCUAAAGAUCCAGUCGGGGGAGGGGCGCCAGAAGGCCUUCUCCACCUGCUCCUCCCACCUCUGUGUGGUUGGACUCUUUUAUGGCACGGCCAUUAUCAUGUAUAUUGGGCCCCGGCAUGGGAGCCCCAAAGAGCAGAAGAAGUAUCUUUUGCUGUUCCACAGCCUUUUCAAUCCCAUGCUCAACCCCUUGAUCUAUAGUCUCAGGAACAAAGAAGUUAAAGCUGCUCUGAAGAGGCUGCUUGACUAA